AUGUUUCUGGAAGCACUUGCAGACCGGGGAGUUGAGCAGAACCUCUGGAGAUGUCCGCUGUCUGAGAUCCACACAGUGAUGGAGGAGAGUGUCCAUGAGAAGACUGUGACCUGCUCCUGCCCCUCAGUCCUGCCCCUGCCCCUCAGUCCUGCUCCUGCCCCUCAGUCCUGCUCCUGCCCCUUAGUCCUGCUCCUGCCCCUCAGACUUCCUCCUGCCCCUCAGACCUGCUCCUGCCCCUCAGUCCUGCUCCUGCCCCUUAGUCCUGCUCCUGCCCCUCAGUCCUGCUCCUGCCCCUCAGACUUCCUCCUGCCCCUCAGACCUGCUCCUGCCCCUCAGUCCUACCUGCUCCUGCCCCUCAGUCCUGCUCCUGCCCCUCAGACUUCCUCCUGCCCCUCAGACCUGCUCCUGCCCCUCAGUCCUGCUCCUGCCCCUCAGUCCUGCUCCUGCCCCUCAGACUUGCUCCUGCCCCUCAGACUUGCUCCUGCCCCUCAGUCUUGCUCCUGCCCCUCAGACUUCCUCCUGCCCCUCAGUCCUGCUCCUGCCCCUCAGUCCUGCUCCUGCCCCUCAGUCCUGCUCCUGCCCCUCAGUCCUGCUCCUGCCCCUCAGACCUGCUCCUGCCCCUCAGACCUGCUCCUGCCCCUCAGUCCUGCUCCUGCCCCUCAGACCUGCUCCUGCCCCUCAGACCUGCUCCUGCCCCUCAGUCUUGCUCCUGCCCCUCAGUCCUGCUCCUGCCCCUCAGACCUGCUCCUGCCCCUCAGACCUGCUCCUGCCCGAUCUGGCGGGGUCCUAUCUGUGCGGCGGAUCCUCUCGUCCAACAGCCAGGUGACGGCGCCCGCUGAAAUAUUAAUGUGCGCAGUGAAGUGUGGCGGUUUGGAGUCUUGCCCCCAAACGGGCUUUUGUUCUUUGGACCAAGCGCAGAGCAAGUGA